CUUAUUACAAGACAACUUAAAGUUCGAGUUUGGUCCAAUCAUACUGAGCAAUGGUGCGACGAUGUGUGGCCAACAGAGACAGAAACGAUAGGAAAUAUGACAAUGGGAUCAAUGCCAUCUAGAACAGCCUAUUAUGUGUCUGUAUCUGUUAUACUUUAUUUCUUCCCAAUGUUGAUAAUGACAGUGGCGUACUCAAUAAUUAUAAUCAAACUCUGGUCUAGUACUAUACCCGGUGAAAAGGUCGAUAGGAGAAUGGAAGCUCAAUCUCGAACGAGAAAAAAAGUUAUUGUGAUGUUAGUUGCCAUAUUAAUUGUAUUUGUUGUAUGCUGGUUACCGUACCAAGUCAUUUUACUCUACAGUGAACUAAGGCCAAAUAGAAUAAAGCUUGGAGAUUGGUAUUAUGGAUUAAAUUUUGCAGCCUGUUGUAUGUCUUACUCAAAUAGUGCAUUAAAUCCACUCAUUUAUACAGGAUUUAAUGUAAACUUUAAGAAAGGUAUAACGAAUGUUUUACGACCUUUACACUGCAAAAGAAAAAAGUGGAUUGACUGUCAAAGUUCUUCAGAAUAUGGAACGUCCAGAACAGUAGUCGUGUUAAAUCAGUUUUAGCAAAGUUCAAUGAAUGCUUACAAAAGGAGUAGUUAGUGUAUAUCCAUUCGUGUUAGUUGAUAUGUAUAGUUUGUGAUAAAAUAUCGGCAGGGUUAUUAAUAACCAGUAUUAAGUGUACGAGAUAUUCAUACUAUUUCAUCAGGUGCUGAAUUUCAACUAUAACCUCUGCAUCCAAUAAAAUUAGAAUGUAGAUAACUACUUCUAAUGUUAAUGUGAUUACGUAUGAAUCAAAGAAAACAUUUAAAAGCAUAUCCAAAAGGUUUUAACAUGUUAUGAACAAUUUGGACUGGGAUUACUGCCAUUAUGUUAUGCCUGUUCCUCAUAAUUCUUUCUUGUACUCAUUAACAUAAUAUUAAUUACAUGAUCUCACAUUCAUGUAUUUAUGAGUCUACUCAAAU